UCAAAGAAUUCAUCUUAAAUUGUUAUUUCACAGUGCCUCCAGAAAUAUCUGAUCUACCGGAAGCAAGCUCUUUACUUACCAUUGGAGAAAACCACUUUCUGACCUGCAACGCAUCUGGUGACCCUCUACCAAAUAUUACUUGGACAAAAGAUGGUAUUCCCGAGGACAAGUUUAAAGUAACAGGUUACCACCUUCAUUUAAACAACGUGAAUUUAGAGGAUGUAGGAUCAUACAGAUGUACAGCUAGGAAUGGAUAUGGAGAUGAUGCAACCGCUAUCAGCAUCGUUGGCAUAAGAUUGCCAUUCAGAAUCAGCAAAAGACCUCCUUCCAAUGUUAAUGUAGUAUUAGGAGUAAACAGCAAUCGACUCAGACUUGAGUGGCUGUAUUCUGAUGCACCGAGUUCGUAUUUCGUUCAAUUUUGGAAAGAGAAACCUGGUACUCUUGAACAAUUAUCAACAAACAAGAAUGGGACAGCGUUCUAUCCAAACUCGACAAUUGAAUUCGAGGCCUUACUUCCUGCAACACUAAUACUAAAGAACGUACAGAGAAAUGAUGAUUACACCUACUCAAUGUACUUGAUGGAUUCUAGUGCGAUAGUGGUAGAGUCAAGCGCAGUUGCUCUAAAUGUGGUUG